AGGGCGCCAUUUGCUUCCUCUCUCAUUUAAAUCUUCAAAACCCUUGUGUGCCCUAAUCCCCAAUCUCUCUACUCUAUCUCUACAAUGAUUUCUCACACACAUGCAACGGACACCCAGACCAAAUCCACCGACCUCGCAUCCAAAAUCCUCGCCGCCACAACGCCGCAGCAGAUCGCCGCCGUGUGCGGCGCAAUCGAGUCGUUUCUCCACAAACACACCCCGGACCAGACUCGCUGGUUCUUCUCCAUCACUUUCCCAACCCUAAUUUGCAAAAUCUUCGGCUUCGCCGAGUCGCCACCUCACCGGCCUCCCCAGUCCCCCACCGCCUGGGUCGACUCGGUCGAUUCUGAGCUCGCUUCUAGGGUUUUCAACCUCCUCUCCCCGAUUGGUGUCUUGAUGUCUUCGAUUUCGGCCGUCGAUCGUCUUUCGUUGAUGAAGUACGUGUUUCCGAUCGAGCGAUUGCCUGAGUGGGUUAGGUUUUUGCUUCAGAGCGAGCGAGAUUGCCGGGUUUUGGCCGAUUUCUGUCCCUUGUUUAAAGGUAGGAUCAAGGAAGAUUCAAUUAAGGGUUCGUUUCAAGUUCAAUUGAAUGUGUUUGAGUAUUACAUUUUCUGGUUUGCUUAUUACCCUGUAUGCAGAGGAAAUAGUGAGAAUUCUGAUACUGUGAGGGUUAGGAGGAGUCGAAAGUUUCGAUUGGAGAUUGGGCUUCUUCAUUUCCAGGAUUAUCGAGCAAUAAGCGUGGUGGGUCAGAGCAGAAAGUUGAGUGUGGUUUGUAUUUACGCCUUCUUUAUUCAUGUCUUCGUGCAUUUGUGCCAAUUUUUGUUAAUACACACCAACCUUAUCGUAGCUCGCUUCUACAUUAUAAUUCGAGUUAUGAUAAUUUUGUUGUUGAUCAAGCCAAGUUCAUUGUUAAUACCCUGAAACACUUUUGGUUGA